AUGUUUCGACCUCUAGGGCUUGCCCGGCUUUCCCAAAGGCGUCCGUUUUCGAGCUCUACAUUUCAGCAUGCGGUUCAUAAAUCCAAGUCGUUCAGUAGAAAGACCAAAUAUGAUCCGUCCAAAGACAAAAAAGGUCCCGGCAAGGAUAAAAGAUUCAACAAACUGCUAAUUUCUGAGAAUUACAAAAAGAGCGCCACUGAUCAGGAAGUUCACGAGAGAUUGCCAGUGUUCUCUGCUGAAAACCUGCAUCUUGAUGAGGUUGUUAAAUUCAAGAAAACAAGCUACCAGAAAUUGCACAUCCUUGGUGCGUUCAAACCUAACCAGUUCAACGAACUGUACUCCAGACCUAUUACUCUAUCGCGAAAAGUCGAGACUAGUCAGGUUCAUGAAUUUUUCACCAAGAGCUUGUUGUCCUCAUCGAAAGAAAAUAGAAUGAUAAUAACGGGAGACUUGGGCGUUGGUAAAUCGACGAUGCUUACACAAUUCCAUGCUCUAGCAGUUGAAAAAGACAGCGUGGUUCUUCAAAUUUCGAAUAUGGAUGCUCUUGUUGACGGUUCUAACGAUUUCAAAUACAACAAUGCGACAGGAUUGUAUGAACAGCCAAUGGCAAGCAGAGAUUUGCUUAAGAAGUGGUUUGUUUUGAACAAGAGCGUUUUCAAUAAGAUAAAUCUCUCAAGACCAUAUUCUCCUGCUUUCGAAUCAGUGAAAAAACAAACGCCCAUUACCUUCACCGAAAAGAAUACACUACGUGAAGUUUUGGGAAAAGUUCUGUAUAACCCUGCAGUGAGCCGUGCCGAUGUCUUUCAAUUCUUGAUGGACGAACUUGCAGCUCAGAAAGAAAUUCCUGUGUUUUUAACGAUUGACAACUUUAGUGCCCUUUGUCACUUUGCGAACACUAGGUACAGAGACAUAAACAACAACCCGAUCUACUUCCAAAAAUUUCAAUUGUUGAGAACUCUGGUGGAUUUUAUCAGCGGCGACAGGACAUUCCAGAAAGGCGCCAUUGUCAUGGCGACGAAGUCCGACCACAAGGAUAACGACACCAUCCCUGUUGCGCUUGGAUUACGGGAGCCAGAUUACUACGCCAAAUUUGAUCAGUGGGAUCGCAAAUUUACCGAACAGCUAGUUAAAAACGGCAAUCUAGAACAUCUGCACGUUCAGAGAAUGAGCAGAGAACAAGUUCGCGCUCUUGUGGAGCACAUGCUAGAAUGUAAGAUGAUUCCCCAUGAAAUUGAAAAGAGAGGAUUUUCAAGAGAGGACAAUAUCCAGGAGGUCUUGCCAAGACUAUCCGAGAUGGAGUUCUUACUCUCUGGAAAUGGAAAUCCACGGGAGCUUUACAAAAACUGCGUGUUUUCUUAUAUAUAA